CCCUCCCACCCGCAACCCUCCCCUUUCCCACUCCCUCUCUCCUUCCAUUCACAUUAAGAUUCAUUUUCGAUUCUCUUUAUAUACAGAAGAUUAGUUUAGCAUACAUUAAGUAAAGAUUUCAACAGUUUGCUCCCACACAGAAACAUAAAGUGAAAAAUACUGUUUGAGUACUAGUUAUAGCAUUAAAUCUCAAUGUAUAGCAUGCUAAGGACAGAGAUCCUACAUGAGGAGUAAGUGCACAGUGACUCCUGUUGUUGACUUAACAAAUUGACACUCUUGUUUUUUAUGGCAUCAGUAAUCACCCCAGGCUCUUGUCAUGAGCUGCCAAGGCUAUGGAAGCCUUUUGAGUUUACCGACUCUGAUCAUAUUUAGACAAGGUCAUAGUCAAAGUGGAAGUUCUCUCCUCCCUUCAGAGAAAGGUACCUCUUUCUUUGAUGACCCAUUCUUUCCACUGGGAUCUCAUUCGCGGAGAUCUUUAUUCUUAACUGUAGAUUAAUACUACCGUCAGUAGUAGUAUUUCUGCCAUCAGUAGACUGCUGACAAGGUAGAAAAUAAGGACAAGAUAAAAGCUCGUUGUAGAGACGGAAGUUUUCCUAUAUAUGCUUUUGUUUCCAAUAUGUAUAUUCCUGGUAUUUUAUUCAUUUGAAAUCACCUUUUUAGACUGCAUUUAUCUUUGGGAACAAGAGUACCCUCUUUUAGUGUGGUUGGAAAACACCUAACAUGGAACACGUUCUUUCCUUGUAUUUAGGUAUUUGGUUUAUUCUUGGUAAUAUAUCUUAAUGUUAACAACGACCUGGGAAACAAAGGCAGGAACUUCCAUAGCAUUUUCAUUCUAUGUGACUUUGCGUUCUCAGAAUGUACCUUGUAAAAGAAACACCUAAUUAUCCUGCCAAAGUCACAGUGAGGGAAGAGCCUGGCCAGUCUAUCCUGCCAGUCAGCUGCCUAAUUAAUAGAUAUUAAGCAUGCUGGUAUUUUGCUUUUGCACUUCAGUGAGGAUGAGAAUAAUAAAAAUAAAUGGUAUUUUAAAAAAACUGCUUUUGGUUUCAUUUCAGUUUGGAAUAAUUUGUAAGUUUAAGUACAAAAAAUUAGGGUACUAAGCUGGAAUAGCUUUCCUUUUUUUAUUUAAAGAUUUGUUUAUUUAUUUGAAAGGUAGAGUUACAGAGAGGCAGAGGCAGAGGCAGAGAGAGAGAGAGAGAAAGGGAGAGAGAGAGAGAGAGGUCUUCCAUCUGCUGGUUCGUUCUCUAAAUGGCUACAGUGGCAGGAGCUAGACUGAUCUGAAUCCAGGAGCCAGGAGAUUCCUCUGGGUCUCCCAUGCAUGUGCAAAGGCCCAAGAACUUGGGCCAUUUUCUACUCAGGCCAUAGCAGAGAGCUGAAUCAGAAGUGGAUCAGCUGAGACUUGAACCGAAGCCCAUAUGGGAUGCUUGCACUGCAGGUGGUGGCUUUACCCUCUACGCCAUAGCACUGGCCCCUGGAAUAGUUUUCAAAAUACUAAGAAAAAUACAGUGGUAACAAGAGGGCAUGAUUUUGGGGCAUGAAAUUCAUAUUCUAUUCAUAUUUGUAUCAACAAAUAUUACUCAAAAUGCAAUAUCAGACUGUAGAGGCACAAAGAUGAAUCCAAUAGUUUCUGUCCUUGGAGAGCGUGUGGAUCAGGACAGAAGACAUAGGAAAACAGCUUCUAUGAUACGUUUCAGAACAUUCCAAGGGCUUAUCCACCCAAAGCUGGUGGAUACAGAUUAGAAGAAACAGCUGCCUCUGCCUAUAGAGGUUGGGAAAGAUUUUAUUGAAGUUUUCUUUUGAAUUUCCCUAUCUGUUCCAUUAGGUUUCCUCUGUCAUAAAAAUCUUGGGUGGCAAUUGUGUACUGUAAUAAAAUAGAUGCUGUAGUAGAAAUAGGAAGACCUGAGUUUGAUUAUUGGAUCAGUUCCUUAAAAGCUACACAUUUUUGUGGUGAUUUUCUCAUCUGAAAAAGCACAAAAUAAUGCACCGUCUACAAUUAUUUCUUGAGUGUCUACUCUGUGCCAGACUCUGUUGCAUAAUAUAGUAUUACUCUAUUGAGCAAGACUCAGCCCAGCCCCAGAGGGCCAUAUAGUUAAUACUGUGUAGAAGUAGAACAAGGAAUUUGAAUAGUAUUUGUCAGAUAAGUGUAUGAGAUCAAAAGAAGUAAUUUACUAGAAGUGCUCACUACCAUCUCUGACUCUCAGUAGGUAUGCAAUAAAUGUAAGUUACAUGUUUUUAGUCUCUUUGUUCUUAGGUGUUGUCAGCCUAUUGUUGUUUUCAAAGAAAGAUAAUUAUUUUUAUUCAAUUGAUUCUAACUUUUUUCAGUCCUGUAGACUAAUUCUCUAGCUCCAUUUCUUAAAACUGAAAUAGAAAAAUCUAGGGAAGUUGCAAUUUGUAGUGAGCUAGUUACACAUGAUGGUACUGUUAUGGACUGUUGCUAGUGGAGACUGCAGUUGAUGGUGUACUUUUGAACUUACUACCUUGCUUUUGACUGAAGGCAGGGGUCUGGUAUAUCUUUAAAUGAACAGAGUCUACUAUCUGUGAUCAGAUGGUGUAUCAUUUUAGAGGAAAAGGAACUUGAUAGUCAAAUAAAGAUAUACUCUUUAUAAUAUAAUUGAACUCUUAAUAAUGUUAUUUAACCAUUGAACAUUUAUUUGAGUGGCAGAGGCAGAGAGAGAACACGAGUUCCCAUCCACUGGUUUACUCCCCAAGUGCCUGAAACAGCUCUGGCUGGACUGGGGCCAGAACCAGGAACUGGGAGAACACAGUGAUGUUUCCCAUGAGAGUGACAAGAAUAGGAUUACUUGAGCCAUCACUGGUGCCUCCCCGGCUCUGCAGCAGCAGGAAGUUUGAAUGAGGAACUGGAGCUGGGCAUCAGACCCUGGGGCUUUGAUGCUGAUUGUGGGCAUCUUAAUUGCUAGGCUGAAUACCUGCUCCUGAGAUUAGCUUUUGAUGUCUAAAUGAAACUGGAUAUAAAAAGAAUGUAAUUAUUUUGAUCUAAAAUAAUUUUAUAAGGCUUUUGAAUUUUCAAAAUAUUUUAAUAUUUUAUUGAAAAACAAUAUUCAUACCAUCAAAUGUAAAUGUACAUAAGUGUGCAGAUAAAUAUGUUUUGCCCUCUGAUCACACUCAUAACCAACACACAAAUUAAGAACAAAACAUUACCAGUACCCCAAGUACUGGUACUUGUUUGUACUGUAAGUUGAUAAUUUUCUUUGGGGUGUGAUUAAUUGGCCUACCUUUUCAAUUGAAUGAAAAUCAAAAUGUUUCCAUAAUAUUUAUAAUAAGUAAUACAUUAUUUGAUUGUUAUUGCACAUACAACGUUUUUCAAAUUCAUCAGUGGUAUUUUAUUGUGAUAAAGUCUCAAUCCUUAUUGCUUUGAUAGGAUGUGGAUACCAGAAAUUUCAUUAUUUAAAAUUGAGACAUAGCUAUAAUUGGAAUCCUGAAAUAAUUCCCAAGAGCGAAAUCUGUGCACAUAUAAAUUGCCCGAGCAUUACUCACUCCUUCAUUUGAGGUGCCAAAGGCUAAGAAUUACAUGUGUACAGGAAGUUUUUCAUUUUAUUCACUAAUCUGCUUUUUAGGCAUUCCACAGAGAAGUUAAACUCCAUUUGUUUUCUCUCAUGUUCUCAGAAUACUGUUCUUUGCUGAAACAUAGCUGAAUGUUUGCUUUCACUAUGCUGUUGUUUAUUUUUUCUUAGUAUUUCCUGUUUCCUACAUCUAGAUUCACUUUUGAUCUCAUAUAUGUUGCCUCUAGACCCACACUUUCAUGCAUUUACGUAGAAAUAUGCAUUUUCUUUCCUGGGAGAUAAUUAAUUGUUUAGAUUUUCAAACAGUCCGAUUACCUUUUAUGUUUAGUGUUUCCGUUAACUGGUAUUCCUAUUUUUUUUUUCUUGAGUAUUUGGAGUUAAUUGACUUUACAUAUUUUAAGAACUUUUUUUUUAGAGUGAUUCUCAAAAUGUCUUUAAUUUGGAUUUUGGCUAUCAAAGCAGGUGAAGUGAAAAGAGUAAUGCUUAAUGCCACAUGAUGUCACAUAAUUUGGCAAUAUUACAAUUAGAAAGUAUUUGAGUCACACUGUCUUGCUGGUUAAGGUAAGUUUACAUUAGCAAUUUAACAUUCAAAACUGCUGUUUACAUACAACUAAAUGUGCAUUUUGAAAUUUGCUAUAAUAUUUUGUGGAAGAAGUUCCUCAAGUGCUUACUAUAUUUUGGCAUAUUUGAAAAGUAAAUAUUAGAAAUAUCUUGUGUGACUAUAAAUUGCUAUUUUAUGUUUUGCUAAUAAAUCACUCUGAAUAAAGACGAAUUAACAGAAUUACAUAUUCCUGUUUAAAUAAUAUAAUCAGAAGAAUGUUCUCAGCUUGUUUUCAUAAUAAAGCAAAAAUAGAUAACAUUGUACUGUGAUUCAUGAUAUUACAAGUGAUCUGUGUUUUCAAAUAAGACAGUUAAAUAUCUUCAAAUAUAAAAAAUGUACACCCUAGGGCCUCACUGGACAAAAUUAAACCUUGCAAUUGAAUGAAUGCUGUCACUGUUGGGAAUAAGAGAACCUGGGUUUCAGUUUUAGUUCUAACAUAAACUACCUGUAUGACUUUGGAUAAGUCACUUAAAUUCUGUAGCUCAUCCUUGGAAUGAGGACCUGAGUUGGGGUUCCUAGGAUUCAAUAUGAGUUUAAAAUUCUGUGAUGGUGCUUUUGUUCAUAAUAUAUUUCAAUUAGUGAUUGAAAAAUCAACAUACUUUCCAAGGGAGUCCAUGUCAACAGCUAGGUUAAGCCUUCCCUGUUAUGUUUGAACCACCUGCCCAAGGGUAGUUUGAGAUCUAUUCUUACAUGUAGCUCUGUUCACGUGUAGCCUGUUUAGACAUUUAGCGCAUUUUUAGCCAUAUAUGUGACACAAGAGGGGUCUUCAAAACGUUCAUGGAAAAUGUGCGUUAUGAAAAAAAAAAAAAGAAACCCGACAUGGAUUUCAAAAUGUUUUUGACCCAAAACAAACAUACCUUUUCAUUUCAUUUUCCACAAAGCUUUUGAAGUUCCCUUGUGUACAAAUGGUUUUGUAAGGGCAGAAGACCUCACACCUUCAUGGAAAAAUAAAUGUCACCCUUUUCGCCUCAAAUCGCACUGCAACUCAUUCCUCUUUUGUCAUUCUUGCUGAUGAGCCUUGGUUCGGCUUUGUUGGAUUUGGUUGAGAUCAGGCUGACCCUGGUGGCAGUUAUUGCUGGUACAGACUUUUCACAAAAGCCCAAAAGUUCAGAGUCAUGACCUUUUUUCCUACUCCCAUGUGCCUUUUAUAGAAUCUACAUGCCACUGUAUUUCUAAAUGGAAUGCCAGGUUACAAUGCUCUACCAUUGGACUUGAGACAUUUUUUUAACUCACCUGCACUUACAUGUCACCUGCAUCCCUUGUGCACAAAAUGCACACACAUUCACUCCCAAGUAUAAAUACCCAUGCACAAGCAUUCAGUGUCUUGUGUCCCUACCUACACACUCAAACAUGGGCAUAGUGGGCUUUGUACCAUGCCUGCAUGUCUCUGGCUUGUGCUCCCCAAUUCAGGUUUGAAGAGCUGUGACUGUCUUAAGUGGUUCUGUUUUUAGCAUAGAGGGGCUGUUGUGAGCACUCAUGAACAAUUAGCUUUUACUAGAAGGAGAGGGGUCAUGUCUAUGGCAAUAAAAAUUAGGCUUAAAUUCCUUGGGGAAUUGAACCAACUCCAGUGUUUUCCUUGUUUGCUGACAGCUUUUAAAAUGUGGAUGCAGUAUGGGAUCCACUGGAGAAAGGAGAGGAAAUAAAAAACUUUGGCAAAUUAGCUUUCAUUCAGAAAUGGAAUGUAGAAGGCAGUUGAGUUAGACUUUUUGACAAUCCCUGAUUUGGUCAAUUUUCACUCUGAUGAGGACAGUAACCUCACAGAUUUUGAGAAAAUCUGAGCGAUGAAGGGUGUUGUUGAGAGGGAAACAGAGUGUAAUUGUUUAAAUAAUCCUGAGCCAAUAGCAUUUGGUAGGUGGAGUUACUGUUGUGUGCAUUACGGAGCUAGAUAAUUCUGAAUGAAGACUUUAAGCAUGACAAAUGCUGGUUCCGCGUUUUGUGCGAACAAAGCAAGUGACUAGGGGACUAGGCUUUGCUUACUACCCAUUAAUGAAUGUAGCUCGUCUGAUAAGAUUUGGAAAAAUACAUGUAAAGGAUUUAUCAGAAGCUCUUAUGAAUAUUUCAUGAGUUGAUCUAUUCAGCUGAAUGAAUUCAGCGAGUGUCAGUGUGUAGCUUGCAGACAAACCUCAUCCACAAGGAGGCUACUGACAUAGGAAGCACUUUGGCGCAUUUUCAGAGGCAAAGCCAGGCUGAUACUGCUCCUUGUGACUGCCUGACUUGCCAUUCUUCGAGAAUGCUGCUCCUGCUCUGAACAGCUCCUACCCUGGAGCCACAGCUCCCCAAAUUAAACUGGAAAAGAGUGUGACUUCUCAGCCUUCUAACCUGCAGCAGUGUCUUUGCUAUGUUUGAGGUUUUUGUUUUGCAUGGUGAGAGCUAGCACUCCAUACAAGACAUGACAGCAAAAAAUUCUUCAAAGGAACUUACUGCUUCUGAAUCUGAGGUUUGCAUAAAGACUUUCAAGGAGCAAAUGCACUUAGAACUUGAGCUUCCAAGACUACCGGGAAACAGACCUACAUCUCCUAAAAUUUCUCCACGCAGCUCACCGAGGAACUCACCGUGCUUUUUCAGAAAGUUGUUGGUGAAUAAAAGCAUUCGGCAGCGUCGUCGCUUCACUGUGGCACAUACGUGCUUUGACGUGGAAAAUGGCCCUUCUGCAGGCCGGAGCCCGCUUGACCCCCAGGCUGGCUCUUCCUCUGGGCUGGUGCUUCACGCCACCUUUCCCGGGCACAGCCAGCGCAGAGAGUCCUUUCUCUACAGAUCAGACAGCGACUAUGACUUGUCACCAAAGGCAAUGUCGAGAAACUCCUCACUUCCAAGCGAACAACACGGCGAUGACUUGAUUGUAACUCCUUUUGCUCAGGUCCUUGCCAGCUUGCGAAGUGUUAGAAACAACUUCACUCUGCUGACAAAUCUUCAUGGAACAUCCAACAAGAGGUCCCCAGCGGCUAGUCAGACUCCUGUCUCCAGAGCCAGCCUGCAAGAAGAAUCUUAUCAAAAGUUAGCAAUGGAAACGCUGGAGGAGCUAGACUGGUGCCUAGACCAGCUAGAGACCAUACAGACCUACCGCUCUGUCAGCGAGAUGGCUUCUAACAAGUUCAAAAGAAUGCUGAACCGGGAGCUGACACACCUCUCAGAGAUGAGCCGAUCAGGGAACCAGGUGUCCGAAUACAUUUCAAACACUUUCUUAGACAAGCAGAAUGAUGUGGAGAUCCCCUCUCCCACCCAGAAAGAUCGGGAGAAAAAGAAAAAGCAGCAGCUCAUGACACAGAUAAGCGGAGUGAAGAAACUGAUGCAUAGUUCCAGCUUAAACAAUACAAGCAUCUCACGCUUUGGAGUCAACACAGAAAAUGAAGAUCACCUGGCCAAGGAACUGGAAGACCUGAAUAAAUGGGGCCUGAACAUCUUCAAUGUGGCUGGAUAUUCACACAAUAGGCCCCUAACAUGCAUCAUGUAUGCUAUAUUCCAAGAAAGGGACCUCUUAAAGACAUUCAAAAUCUCAUCUGACACAUUUGUGACCUACAUGAUGACUUUGGAAGACCACUACCACUCUGAUGUGGCAUACCAUAAUAGUCUCCAUGCUGCUGAUGUGGCCCAGUCAACCCAUGUUCUUCUUUCUACACCAGCAUUAGAUGCUGUGUUCACAGAUUUGGAGAUUCUGGCUGCCAUUUUUGCAGCCGCCAUCCAUGACGUUGAUCAUCCUGGAGUCUCCAACCAGUUCCUCAUCAACACAAAUUCAGAGCUUGCUUUGAUGUACAAUGAUGAAUCUGUGUUGGAAAACCAUCACCUUGCCGUGGGUUUCAAACUACUGCAAGAAGAACAUUGUGACAUCUUCCAGAAUCUCACCAAGAAACAGCGUCAGACACUCAGGAAAAUGGUUAUCGACAUGGUAUUAGCAACUGAUAUGUCCAAACAUAUGAGCUUGCUGGCAGACCUAAAGACGAUGGUGGAAACCAAGAAAGUUACAAGUUCAGGUGUUCUUCUCUUGGACAACUAUACUGAUCGUAUACAGGUCCUUCGCAACAUGGUACACUGUGCAGACCUGAGCAACCCCACCAAGUCCUUGGAGCUGUAUCGACAAUGGACCGACCGCAUCAUGGAGGAAUUUUUCCAGCAGGGAGACAAAGAGCGGGAGAGGGGAAUGGAGAUCAGCCCGAUGUGUGAUAAGCACACAGCUUCUGUGGAAAAGUCUCAGGUUGGGUUCAUUGACUACAUUGUCCAUCCACUAUGGGAGACCUGGGCAGAUCUGGUGCAGCCUGAUGCGCAGGACAUUCUGGAUACGUUAGAAGAUAACAGGAACUGGUAUCAGAGCAUGAUACCCCAGAGUCCCUCCCCGCCGCUGGACGAGGGGAACAGAGACUGUCAGGGUCUCAUGGAGAAGUUUCAGUUUGAACUGACUCUCGAAGAGGAGGAUUCUGAAGGACCUGAAAAGGAGGCCGAGGGCCACAGCUACUUCAGCAGCACAAAGACACUUUGUGUGAUCGAUCCAGAAAAUAGGGAUUUGCUGGGAGAGACUGACGUGAGCAUUGCGACAGAAGACAAGUCCCCAGUUGACACAUAAUCUCCCUCUCCCCGUGGAGAUGGACAUUCCACCUUUGACAAGCAUGCCAGCUAUGUGGCAGGGUCAGCCUGCCAUGGGGGCCGAGGCCUGCACAGGACAAGGGCCACCUGGCCUUUCCAGUUACUUGAGUUUGGAGCCAGAAUGCAAGGUCAUGAAGCAAAUAGCAGCUCAGGAAAUCCCACACUUGACUUGCCUAGCUUGCAAGCGUGGUAGAAAGCUGAAGCUUUAUGUGGUAGUGGAGGCCAGUUUCGAUCACAACUAAAUGGCUUGAAAAUGGAAGACACAAAACUGAGAGAUUUUUUUCCGCACUAAGUUUCAGGAACCUGUCCCUGCUAGUGAGUGAACUUACUAAUAACUUCAUUGGUAAAUCUGCUCCCCUGUCCCUUUGUCUGCCAACCUGUGUGCCUUUUUUGUAAAACAUUUUCACGUCUUUAAAUGCCUGUUGAAUAUCUAGAGUUUAGUAGCAACUUCUACACAGAUAAGCAUUCAAAGUUGACAUAAUCUUUUUUUUGGCUGUUUCUGGGGAGGAAAAAUAAAAGGAAAAGACACGGUCUUCCUUCUUUCUUGGGCAAUAUCUUUCACUUUACUACAGUUGCUUGCAAACAGACAGAGAGGAUACACUUCUAACCACAUUCUACUUCCUUGCCCUGUUGUCCAAUCCAGCUCCACCAGUUGCCCUUAUACUUAUCUCUGUUUGCCUGCUUCUAACAGUAUUUCUUCUCGUCUAGAGUUUCACUGUUUUGCUGUAAACAGAAUAAAGUUGAGCAAACUAGGGGGUAGGAAGGGGUAGUUGUAUUGUACACCAUGACCAUCUGUAUCAAACUCAGCUCACUAAGGCAGUGUGUCCUAUUCUGUCCUGGACCCCUUGUGCCACUGCGAGUUGCAUGGUCCCCCGGCCCCCGCCCUCCUCUCUUCACCCAAUGAUGCUGUUUUCAACUUAAUGCUGCCGUCUUUCUCUUGCACUGCCUUCUGCACUAACACCUCCAUUCCUGUUUAUAACCAUGUAUUUAUUACUUAAUGUAUAUAAUGUAAUGUUUUGUAAGUUAUUAAUUUAUAUAUCUAACAUUGCCUGCCAAUGGUGGUGUUAAAUUUGUGUAGAAAACUCUGCCUAAGAGUUGCGACUUUUUCUUGUAAGAUUUUGUAUUGUGUAUUAUAUAACCCAAGCACUGCUUCAGAGCGACGUAUGGCCCCCGCGGCAGUCACGACCUGGGGCUUUUGUUUAGAGAGUCUGCCUUUUCCCUGUCUGAGUUGUUAAUAAUGCACCAAGCCCUUUAUGAACCGGUUUUGCAAACAGGAUUCUCACAUUAGAUACUAAAUGGUUUAUACUGAGCUUUUACUUUUGUAUAGUUUGAUAGGGAUAGUGGGCAAUGGGAUGUAGUUUAUACCCAUGUUCUAUCCAAAUCUGUAUACGCGUGAGUUGGGUUCUAACUGGGUUCUACUCUAAUUGUGACUUCGGUUCCAAAAGCAACACUACAUUUGCUCACAGAUGAUUCUUCCGCGUGUUCACAAACUACUGACUUUGAAGAGCUAGCCUCCUGCCUGCCAUUGUGCAGGGAUGUCAUGUUCCCAUUCAUUACAAAAGAAAACAAUAAAACAAUGUGAAUUUUUAUAACAAAAUGUGAACUGAUGUAGUAUCUUACGCAAAUGUGAAGCUUCUUCUGAUAACACUUGUUAGGCCUCUUCCUGGUGUCAGUUUCAGUUUGUAAAAUACGUUCCAGGCUUCAGUUCAGCAUUGUGACUCAGUAGUUGAAGAAAAUGGCACAAGUGGGCAUGACCAAUGGGUUUGUGUGUCUAUGAACGCUGCGUUGUUUCAGGUGGACAUUUUAUUUUCUCAAGCGUUUCUCACAGUGUAUGUUAUAAUAUUAUUAUAUAUUGUGCGCAAAUGCAUUCUUAAGAGACUUUUAUAUGAAGUGAAUAAACAAACGCAUGAUUAGAUUAGA